AUGUGGUCUCCAAGGAGACCAGUUUGUAAGCAUUGCUGGUAUGACAUGGCGCAGGCGCAGCUGGCGCAGCCCGCGCAGCAGAGGGCGCACCAGCGCGCGCUUCCCCCCCAGCAGCGGCAACCGGCGCAGCAGAAGCGGCAGCAGUUGCGCCAGACCGCGGUGCAACGGCGCACGGCGCAAGCGCAGGCCGCGCGGCAAGCUGGAGGGGAUGCGGGGAAGUCGCAGCCUGUACAGGGGGAUCCGGGGAAGCCGCCGCAGGGUCAGGGAGGGCAUGGGAAGGCGCAACUGGCCGGGGGCGCAAACCCGCCAGCGCACGCCCCGCUUCCGCCCCUGCCGCGGAAGCAGCAGUCGCGGGUGCAAGCGCAGGGGGAGCAGCAGGGGGAUGCGCAGGCAGAGCAGCAGGGGGGGCAUCAGACGGGGCAGCAGGGGGGACAGCAUAGGGGGCAGCAGGGGGGGCAGGCGCAAAGGUUACAACAAGAAUCAUCACAGCAGCAACCAGAAGCACACAGACAGCAGCACCAGCAGCAGCAGCAGCAUAAUUCCUCCGGGCAGGAUGCCACUCACGGGCAGGCGUCCGGGCAGACGAAAGGGCACCUUCAAACGGACGGUCAGGAGCCGGGGGGCCAACCCCAAGGGCACGGGCAGGGAACCGGGCAGACUUCCGGGCAGGUUUCGGAGCAGCUGCCAAUGCACGACGGCCACGUGGAACAUGCUAUUCUGCCCGAGCGACCAGAUUGGCUGGAUGAUUACGAGAUAGUGGGGAAGAUCGGCGAGGGGACGUAUGGGCUGGUGUAUCUGGCCAAGGACCGGCGCAAAGGCAAGGGGUCGGGGCGAUCUGCUCUGAAGAAGUUCAAACAGACCAAGGAGGGCGAUGGUGUGUCUCCUACUGCCAUUCGCGAGAUCAUGCUACUGCAGGAGUGCGAGCACGAGAACAUAGUGCAGCUGCUGAAUGUGCACAUCAACCACAACGACAUGUCGCUCUUCCUCGCCUUCGACUACGCGGAACAUGACCUCUACGAGAUCAUCCGUUUUCACCGAGAGCAUCUGAAGCGCCCUCUCUCCGAGUACACGGUCAAGUCGCUGCUGUGGCAGCUGCUCAACGGCCUGCACUACCUGCACAGCAAUUGGAUCAUUCAUCGGGACUUGAAGCCCUCUAACAUUCUUGUGAUGGGCGAGGGCGAGGAGCAAGGGGUGAUCAAGAUCGGCGACUUUGGCCUUGCUCGCAUCUUCCAGUCGCCCCUGCGACCGCUCUCCGAUAACGGGUUGCUUGUUUUUUCCUCGCUUUGUGCCGUGCUUCUCAAUGCGCUUUGUGCCGUGCUUCUCAAUGCGCGUUGUGCCGUGCUUCUCAAUGCGCGUUGUGCCGUGCUUCUCAAUGCGCUUUGUGCCGUGCUUCUCAAUGCGCUUUGUGCCGUGCUUCUCAAUGCGCUUUGUGCCGUGCUUCUCAAUGCGCUUUGUGCCGUGCUUCUCAAUGCGCGUUGUGCCGUGCUUCUCAAUGCGCUUUGUGCCGUGCUUCUCAAUGCGCUUUGUGCCGUGCUUCUCAAUGCGCGUUGUGCCGUGCUUCUCAAUGCGCUUUGUGCCGUGCUUCUCAAUGCGCGUUGUGCCGUGCUUCUCAAUGCGCUUUGUGCCGUGCUUCUCAAUGCGCUUUGUGCCGUGCUUCUCAAUGCGCUUUGUGCCGUGCUUCUCAAUGCGCGUUGUGCCGUGCUUCUCAAUGCGCUUUGUGCCGUGCUUCUCAAUGCGCUUUGUGCCGUGCUUCUCAAUGCGCGUUGUGCCGUGCUUCUCAAUGCGCUUUGUGCCGUGCUUCUCAAUGCGCGUUGUGCCGUGCUUCUCAAUGCGCUUUGUGCCGUGCUUCUCAAUGCGCGUUGUGCCGUGCUUCUCAAUGCGCGUUGUGCCGUGCUUCUCAAUGCGCUUUGUGCCGUGCUUCUCAAUGCGCUUUGUGCCGUGCUUCUCAAUGCGCUUUGUUGUUUCAGCCAUCCGAUAUUGUAUUCAAUGCCACAUUCUUACUCUCUCUGUCCCCUCGCUCUUGUCCUCACACUGAUCCUCAUUCGUCUCCUCACUCCUCUCCCCCUUCACCCUUCUCGAUUUUCUCCUCACUCCCCUCCUCACUCACUCUCCUCCUCACUGCUCUCCACACUCCCUCCUCCUCACUCCCAUCCUCGCUCCUCUCCUCACCCCCCUUGUUCCUUCCAGGUAGUGGUCACCAUCUGGUACCGAUCCCCUGAGCUGCUGCUUGGCUCGCGGCAUUACACUUGUGCUGUCGACAUGUGGGCGGUGGGGUGCAUAUUCGCAGAGCUCCUCACGCUCAAGCCCUUGUUCCAGGGCCUUGAGGAUAAAACCUCCGCCAAUGCCUUCCAGGUGGGUGCUGGGUGGGCUUCCGAUGGGUACUGCAUGGAUGCUUGCAUAUUUCACCCCAUAGUGGACAAGUGGCCCAUGCUGCAGUACCUGCCAGCACCAUCCCAAGCCUCAGUUUCCCUUUUUAACCAUCUCCUACUCCUUUCAACCCCUCAACACCCAUCAGGUCACCCCACGGUGGACAAGUGGCCCAUGCUGCAGUACCUGCCGCACUGGCAGGCGAACCGGCAACUGAUUCAAGACAAGAAGUAG